AUUUAUUUAGGGAAUGACUUAUUUAUUUAUUUAUUUAUUUAUUUGUUUAACAGGUUAUUAUGUUAUCUAUUCAUGUUUAAAUCACAUAUGGUCUGGCCUACCUCCUUUUCCUCACUUAGAUUCCUGACAGACAUCAGGUGGCCUUGGAAGUCAUCACUUAUAUUGGCUGCGGGCUGUCGCUAGUGGGCGAGACUUUAACUGUUCUCACCUAUCUGGUUUUGAUGAACCUCAAGCAGGAGCAGUGUCAGAUAAGACUCAAUCUAGUCAUAGCCAUAGCCGUGGCACAAAUCAUUUUCCUCGCAGGAAUUGAUGCUACAUCAAAGCAGGGAGCCUGUAUUUUUGUAGCAGUGUCUAUCCAUUAUUUUUAUCUGGUCGGGUUUGCCUGGAUGCUGAUGGAGGGAAUCUACUUGUACCUCAUGGUUGUCAAAGUUUUCAACACCCUAGUAAAAAUGAAACUAUUUUAUACAUUCUCUUGGGGCUUCCCAUUGCUUAUGGUGGUGUGUUCGAUUGUGAUCGCAUCCGGUGCAGAACACGGAGUUACAAGCUAUGUACAUAGUGACUACUGUUGGAUUUCAUUCUCAAAUAAUUUGGUUUGGACCUUUGCCGCCCCAGUCCUCGUGGUCGUCCUGUGGUGGAAACCCACAGAACGAUAA